AAAAUACUCGACAGAAUCCAGCGUCAGGAUUUGAAGGACCCAAAGGCACUACUAAUCCACCACGUGCCCACUGAUGCUGGUUUGGGGCAUUUCGAGUAUUUUGUAUUGCUUAUAGCACUGGCAAUUUCUGCCAUGACAUUGACAUGGAAAGCCGAUUAUCAAGCUCGAGCGGCUUCAGAGUCUUUCUAUAACGCGGCCUUGACGCACCUACAGGCCAUAACAGAUCAUAGCGAAAUACAGGCACUACAGGUUUCUUUACUCUUAGCUCACUAUGCACAUAUGUGCCCGGAGAGAGUAGACAAUUGGACAUGCAUUUCUAACGCUGUUCGUAUUGUCCUCAAUCUGGGGCUCUAUAUGGAGUGCAAUCAACAGAUUCAAGGAGAGCCUUGUCAGCGAAGCGUACUAUUUUGGGUAGCGUACGGUAUGGAGAGGUCAUUAUGUACGAACCUCCACCUUCCACUGUCAUUUCCGGAGGAGGCAAUCACGGUAAAGCUCCCCACAACAGAAAAGGCAAACCUCAAUCCGGGGCACUCCACCAGUAAGCCGAGCAAGAUGUCUGUGGCUUACCAUAUAUGUCGGUAUCGUGCAUUAGAAACAGAGGUUCAUAGAGUGCUUCACCUAGAAGAAGACUUAACCAAGUUCGGCAGCAGCACGAUAGAAGACUGGAUUGAGAGCAUCACCCAAAGACUGAAAAGGUGGUACGAGAAGGCACAGUCAUACACACAAUAUGAUAUGCUUGAAUUUAAACAUGUGAGGUUUCACCAUCUCAUGGCGCGCAUCCACCGGCCUACGCCCCGUCUAAGAUUGAGAGGUCCAGACAACUGGAAGGCUGUGCUAGAUGCAUCAUCAAUUUUGAUCCAAGAUUACCUCGCUCAGGAGCGGCGUCGGAGGCUAUUCUAUCCUUGGCAUGGGGUGCACAUUCUCUUCGAAACUGCAGUCAUCUCGCUCGAGGCGUGCUGGUCAGCACGAAAUCAUGAGCCGCUACAAGGUAGAGCUCAUAAGAUGUUACAUACCUCAAUCCCUCAAUGUCUUCAGCUUCUCACCAAUAUCGGUGAGCGCUGGGGCGAGGCAGCCGUAUGUGCUGAUCGGUUAAGGCCGCUCGCUGAUAAUGUCAGGACCGCUCUCACAACUCCUGACACGCUGUUGUUGGCCAUGGUUGAUGAGAGUAUUAUCACGGCAGAGAUCCUUGAUUUACUGUUCACGGACGGGCCAUUGUCAUGGACCCGAGCCAACUGCGGAGAUAUCCUGUCUGGUCUGAGCGACAGCGAUCCAUUGCUAAAUAGCAUGGCAGAUGAUAGUCUCGAACUCUUCUCGUGGAAUCCCGAAUGGGACAUCAUGCCUGCUGACUCAAUCCAGGGGUAUGAGCUUUAA